UUACAUAUUUACAGUAAUGUUCUCUUCACCAUUGCUUCUUAUACUUAUGGACUAGGAGAGAGGGUCUUAUUUCUUCAGACGACUCAGGAGAUACAGGAAAUUAUGGUAGCCAGUUUGGGUCAAGCUGUGGCAAAAGUGGGAAUUAAACAGGAGGUUGUAGCUGUUAAAAUUAUUUGGUUAAACUCUCUUAAUGAUACCAAACCUUUUGGAAUGGCAAGCUCAAAAAGAAUUUUUCCACAGGUCUCUUGGUUAGAAGAAAGAUUGUACAAGCUACCUGGAAGACCAUUUCCUGAAAAGUUCAUCCCUACAUCUCCUGAGAAGGCUGUCAAAAGUUGUAAGACUUAUUACAUCUACCCAUCUCCACAGUACACUGUGGAGAAAGAAGAGAGAAUAAGUGUAACUGAGUUGUUGUCCAAGAUUGACUCAGUGAGUAGAGCUUUGGAGAAUGAGAAAAAUGAGAACUUUUCAUCUCUCAGUGACAGACACCUUGACCUUCAAACUCAGAAGAAGAUAAAGAAAAAUGGAACGCACUUGAAAGUCUUUGAAGCUUUUCAUGAUGGCAGAAUGCAUUCUAGCAGUAGAGAAGUACUUAAAUCAGUCAUUUGCAUUCAAAGAUAUGUGAGAGGAUGGCUUGAAUGCAGGGCAUUCAAAAGAAUAAAGAUUAAGGCUACAAGUCAGGGACUAUCCCUACCAGCAGUUGUGAAGUGCUACCGUAAAAUGAUGGCCCGUAUUAAAUGUCGAGCUGGUGUUUUGGAUCUAUCCACACCACUUCGGUAUUUUGAGUUGGAAGAGUGGAUGGACAAGAAGAAAUUCUAUGAAGCAAUGUUUGCCAAAAGACAGUUCAAUGAAGAGAUGGACAGAAAUGACCUGCCUGGAUUUUUCAAGGACUGUGGAUAUUUUAUACCCACCAGUGGAGUACAGCGUGCCUUUCAGAUGGUCUGCCCAGCUUCCACUGCUCCUUUAAAAAGCAUCAAGAAGCAUCAAGCGAUUGAAAUGGCUUUCACCUUAUUUCCUCCCCUCGGUGCAAAUGUGAAGAACAUAAUUACUGUGGCAUCACCGUGGGUGCACCCCCUAACAGAUGGAAAAGGUGGAUGCAAGAAUUCAGGUAAAAAUUUCAACCCCUUAGAAGGAUAUGAAUAUAAUGAAGGGCAUGAAGGUGUUGUACCUUCUGCAUCAUCUAUUAGAACAACAAUAGAAACCCAAGCAGAGGAACUCCACAUGCAAUGCAAGUGA